AUGACCUUGGCCAUCAAGCGUGCUUUUGCUCAGCAGAUCUAUGCCGGCGAGAAGUUGUUCGAAGCCCAGCCUGAAUCCAAGCAGAUACAGAACUUGGGCUCAACCGUGACGUUUCAUUGGUAUACCCAAGAAAGACUGAUGUGUCAAAUUCGCCAGAAGCUACGGUUCAGCUCAGCUCGAGAGAUGCUCCAGACUCUGCAACCUGAGACGUGCCUGCCUGGCAAAACCUAUGAUGAAGCAGUGGCUGUCUAUGAGAGCUUGGGUGAAGCAUAUGCCAACAAGCCCAUGGUCGCCUUGGAGCUUGUACCCAUUGAGUGGAUGACCGGAGUCCUACCCACGACUAAGAAGACAAAGAGUAAAGCCGCCAUGGUGCAGAAGACAAAGAAAAGAAAGAAGAUGGAAGCAGUGCCUCUCAUCACGCGGCCCGGCAUGAGCAAUCCACACGAACGACGAGAGGCGGAGCACAGGCCAGAGGAAGGAGAGCAAACGGAUGCGCAGACUUUGGUGAUGAAGAUGCUGCUUGAGGCAACGCCGAGCACCUCAGAGGAGCAGAGUACACACACUGUCCGCAGCAAGCUUCGUAGCAGAUUGGCCAACAUAUGUGAAAAGGGUACCAAAAUGACAGGAAGAAGAAAUCAAACGGUCCAGCCAACAACGUGA